AUGGCGGGGUUCGACGCGAGGCGCUUCCGGCGCAAGAACCCGAAUGCGCUCCUCCUCGGGCUCAAGAUGUCCGAGCACUUCAUGAGGGAUAAGGAGAGAGGGAAGUUGACACACCACACGUGGGAACAGGGCUGCACCAUCCGCUGCCUAUCGGGCUACAUCUCGUCGGUGUCUGAGAGCGGCGUCACGACGACGACGACAAUGAUCCUCCCCCGUUGUCAAUCAACGGCGGCAAGUCCAUGGCUGCUUCUUCUCUGCCUCGCUGUCGCUGCCUCGGGCGGCGCACUCCAAGCUCGUGCCCAGACGGACGUCAACGGUUUCAUAAGCAUUGACCGCGGGCUCGCCGGGAAGACGACGAGCUACGUGGACGACACCACCAAGCUGUUGUACACCAGCGACACCGAUUUCAUCGGCAACGUUGGCUCCACCCACAACAUCUCCACCCAGUACAUGGUCAGGCCGACGCAGCUGUCGAGGCGCUACCACAGCGCGCGCAGCUUCCCCGACGGCGUGCGGAACUGCUACACGCUCCGGUCCCUCGUGCCCGGGGGCAAGUACCUCCUCCGUGCCUCGUUCAUGUACGGCGACUACGACGGCCUCGGCAGUCUACCCAUUUUUGAUCUGCACGUCGGUGUCAACUAUUGGCAGACCGUAAACAUCUCAAAGCCAGAUCUCGAGGUGACCGCGGAGGCCGUCGUGUUUGUGCCCGAUGAGUUUGUUCAUGUGUGCUUGUUGAACACCGACGCCGGGACGCCCUUCAUCUCGGACCUGGAGUUGAGGCCGCUGAAGAAGAAGUUCUACCCGCAGGCAAAUUUGACGCAGGGUCUCGUUCUGGAACACAGGCUGAACCUCGCUCCCCCGGACACCAACAUCGUCAGAGAACUAUACUAUUAA